GAGGAGCCGCCGGCCGCCGUGACGCGUCAGGGAGGAAACGCGGCGCCCGGCGGCCCAGCGGGGAAGGAGGAAGCGCGAGUGCGCACGGCUCCGCGCCCGCCGCGCCGCGAGGCAGCACCGCGGGGCCGGGUUGCACGAUGGAAUUUGAACAUUACCUCAAGAGGUUUUAUGUUUUGGAGUAGCUGAUUGUGUUUGUCCUCUGCUGACCAUUGCUUCGGACUCAUUUUCUGGUGUCCUUUUGAGGCCUUAAACCCAAAGGGAUUAUACCAUGGACUACAAGGAAAGCUGCCCAAGUGUAAGCAUUCCCAGCUCUGAUGAACAUAGAGAGAAAAAGAAGAGAUUCACUGUUUAUAAAGUUCUGGUCUCAGUGGGCAGGAGUGAGUGGUUUGUCUUCAGAAGAUAUGCAGAAUUUGAUAAGCUUUAUAAUACUUUAAAGAAGCAAUUUCCAACUAUGGCCCUGAAGAUUCCUGCCAAGCGAAUAUUUGGUGAUAAUUUUGAUCCCGAUUUUAUCAAACAAAGAAGAGCAGGACUGAAUGAAUUUAUUCAGAACUUAGUUAGGCAUCCAGAGCUUUACAACCAUCCAGAUGUCAGAGCGUUCCUUCAAAUGGACAGUCCGAAACACCAGUCAGAUCCAUCUGAAGAUGAGGAUGAAAGAAGUACUGAGAAGCUACACUCUACCUCACAGAACAUCAACCUGGGACCGUCUGGAAAUCCUCAGAUACUACGCUUCCCUCACCCCUUUGGUCCUCUUAAACAUGCUAAGCCAACAGACUUUGAUUUCUUAAAAGUUAUUGGAAAAGGCAGCUUUGGCAAGGUCCUUGAAAGUGCAUAUAACCCAACUCAGCUAUCCACGGUGCCUCUUCCUCUCAACUCUUCUGAAUGUGAAGCCUCUAAGAGAAACCUAAAAGUUCUUCUUGCAAAACGGAAACUGGAUGGAAAAUUUUAUGCUGUCAAAGUGUUACAGAAAAAAAUCGUUCUCAACAGAAGAGAGCAAAAACAUAUUAUGGCUGAACGUAAUGUGCUCUUGAAAAAUGUGAAGCAUCCAUUUUUGGUUGGAUUACAUUAUUCCUUCCAAACAACUGAAAAGCUUUAUUUUGUUCUGGAUUUUGUUAAUGGAGGGGAGCUGUUUUUUCACUUACAAAGAGAACGGUCCUUUCCUGAACACAGAGCAAGGUUUUAUGCUGCUGAAAUCGCCAGCGCAUUGGGUUACUUGCACUCCAUCAAAAUAGUGUACAGAGACUUGAAACCAGAAAAUAUUCUUCUGGAUUCUGUAGGACAUGUUGUCUUAACAGAUUUUGGGCUUUGUAAAGAAGGAAUUGCUAUUUCUGAUACCACAACGACAUUUUGUGGAACACCAGAGUACCUAGCACCUGAAGUGAUCAGAAAACAGCCCUAUGACAAUACUGUAGAUUGGUGGUGCCUUGGUGCUGUACUGUAUGAAAUGCUGUAUGGGCUGAGUACACCCAUAAUGCCACAGUACUUAGGAAGGAGCAUGAUCUUCAGGUCUUCAUCUUUUCAGCCUCCUUUUUAUUGUCGAGAUGUUGCUGAAAUGUAUGACAACAUUCUGCACAAGCCCCUAAAUCUGAGGCCAGGAGUGAGCCUCACAGCCUGGUCCAUUCUGGAAGAACUCCUAGAAAAAGACAGGCAAAAUCGGCUCGGUGCCAAAGAAGACUUUUAUCUAAGGCAGAAAUGUCAACUCUGUUUUACCUAUGAAGAAACUAUGAUAGUGAAGAGGAUAAAGUGUGCCAUGUGUACUCAGCUUGAAAUUCAGAAUCAUCCCUUUUUUGAAUCACUCAGUUGGACGGACCUUGUACAAAAGAAGAUUCCACCGCCGUUUAAUCCUAAUGUGGCAGGACCAGAUGAUAUUAGGAACUUUGAUGCAGCAUUUACGGAAGAAACAGUUCCAUAUUCUGUGUGUGUGUCUACUGACUAUUCUAUAGUAAACGCCAGCGUACUGGAGGCUGACGAUGCAUUCGUUGGUUUCUCUUAUGCACCUCCUUCAGAAGACUUAUUUUUGUGAACAUUUUGCCAUCCAGGAACCAUUGAGCAAAUAUAAACCUAUGUACAGAUGAGACUGAAAUUCCUGUUUGUGUGAAUAUAUUCAAAUAUGUUUAGUGCCUCUUUUUUACUUAUAACGUUAACAACUAUGAAAAAUGUAUUUUCUGCUGUAUGUAAAAAAAUAGUGCAUUUCAAAGAGCUAACUUUGGAAUUAAAAUUUGUAUUCUUGUUUAUUAAGCUUAUUUUUAAACAGAAAUUUUAAAAGCUAUUGUUCUUAGCAUUAACCUAUUUUUAAAGAAAACUCUUUUGCUAAUGACUGUUUUUUUCCCAAGUUUACACUAACACCUACCCAAGAUAGACUGUUUUUCAACAGCCUAUUUCAGUUCAGUUAACAUAUAUUAAUGCCUUUGUAACUCUACUUUGAUCUUUGUUCUCAGAUCAGAACUAUGCAAUUUGUAUGUGGUUGUUUAAGAAGAAACCAUACCUGUCCAUAAUAAAUCUCUGCUUGCCAUAA